AUGUGCGAAUAUGGGGUCAUACCACCACUCGCAGCCUCGCUGAGGGACAACAUUACCCCAAUUACGGCCUCCGCAGUUAUCGAAGCGGAGGCAUGCUGCUCAGGCAGAAGAGAGGCUCGUGCAGUCGUUGCUCAGGCUCUGGCACUGCGUGCCCGCGCAGCUGCCCUCCACCAAGCUGCGGACAAUGCUGAGGCCGCAGCGCGGCAACUGUAA